AUGAACGAUCAAUUAUAUAUUCCUGAAGUUGCAAAUGACCGAAAGCCGGAAAUUGGAAUGAAAUUUGGAUCAAUAGAUGAUGCGUUUGAAUUCUACAAUCAGUAUGCACGUGAAGCUGGUUUUAGUGCAAGAUAUAGCAAUAGUAGAAAGAAUAAGAUGACAAAUGAAGUUGUUUGGAAACAAUUUGUAUGCUUUAAAGCUGGUCAAACUGAUGAAGCUCGUUCAAAAAAUCGAGCACCACCUGGUGGUCCAAUUCAGAUAAGAGCUCGUGGUGAAGUUAGAACUAAUUGUAAGGCAAAGAUCUCCAUUGUCAAGCAACAAACUGGAUCUGACUGGAGUGUUAGCGUCUUUAUGGAAGGUCAUAAUCAUGGACUCUCUACUCCGUCAAAGGUGCAUUUACUCCGAUCACACCGUAGUGUUUCUGCUGUGAAGAGAUUGUUGACUCAACAAUUUUCAGAAGCUAAUAUACCAACCUGUCAACAAAUGCAACUAUUGGAGAUGGAGUCUGGGGGGCCCGAAAGUGUAGGUUGCACAGAAAGAGAUAUCAGGAAUCUCGAGAGAGAUAUGAGGGAUGAACAAAAGGGGAUCGAUGCCGAAACUUUGGUAGAAUUCUUCACAUCUGAAAAGGAGAAAAAUUCAUCAUUUUUCUUUGACUACGAGACAGAUUCAGAGAAUAUAUUCAAAAGAUGUUUUUGGGCAGAUCCUAAAUCAAGGAGGGCUUAUGGAGCAUUUGGUGAUGUUGUUGUGUUUGAUUCCACUUAUAACACUAAUAAGUACGGAAUGAUUUUUACACCUUUCGUAGGGGUUAAUCAUCAUCAUCAAACGAUAGUUUUUGGUUGUGGAUUUCUAAGUGAUGAGAAGACA